AUGCCCUUCUGCCAGCUCGGGGGCCGCAUCGUCCAGGGCCCGCCUGGCUGUGGGGCAGCUGGUGGGGCACUGAUGGUGAGGGCUAGGAAGGCGGAAGACCUCAGCAUCCCUCCUGGCAGGAUGGGGACCGUGGCGCUGGCACUGUCCCUGCUGACCACCACUCUCCUGUGCCCGGCCACUGCCAUGCUGCGCGUCGGCGCCUUCAACAUCCAGGCGUUCGGAGACACCAAGAUGUCCAACGAGGGAGUGGCGGGCAUCAUCAUCAGCAUCCUGCGCCGCUAUGACGUGGUGCUGGUGCAGGAGGUGCGCGACUCCGACCUCAGCGCCGUCACCGAGCUCAUGGAGCAGCUCAACAGUGUGUCCACGUCCCCGUACGACUACGAGAUCAGCAGCCCCCUCGGACGGGACAACUACAAGGAGAUGUACCUCUUCAUCUACAGGACAGAUGUCGUGUCCGUGGUGGACACCUACCAAUAUGAGGACCCCCAGGACAUCUUCAGCCGGGAGCCGUUCAUCCUGAGGGUCUCAGCACCCCAAACCAAGGUGGAGGAGUUUGUGCUGGUACCGCUGCACUCGGCCCCGCAAGAUGCCGUCGCCGAGAUCGAUGCGCUCUACGACGUCUACCUGGCCAUCAUCAGCAAAUGGGGGACCGACGUGAGUGCCGCUGGCACCAGGGGUGCCACCGAGGGACCCCCUGCCCGGCCCGCACCACCGGCAGCCGAGAGCAGGGGCAGGAGCGGGACCCACCGCCUGCGCCUCCCCGGCAGGAUCGUGGUGUGUGGCGCCAGGCUGAAGAGAAGCAUCGUGCCAAAUUCAGCUGCCAUCUACAAUUUCCAGCGUGCUUUCCAGCUGGAGCAGGAGGAGGUGAGCCGGGCUUGCAAACCCGGGGCUCGAACGGGCACCAAAGCUGAGCUGCCCUGGGUGGUGCUGGCUGCGGGGCCGUCGUGA